AGUGCGGGAAGGAGGUGUCGGUUUAACAGGGAGACUUUGGAACCUUCAGAGCAUCUGGAGAGCUUUCCUCGCAGGGCAGAAUGCAGGGUUAGCCCCCUAUACAUGCAGAGAGGUUGCUGCCGUGCGUAAGUGAGGAGGGGCAGAGGUGUUUAAGCAGAGGCAUUUGAGGAUUAUUCAGCUCCAGAAGGUCUGUGCAAGGAAUGCUAUCUCUGCCGUGGCUGAAAAUAGGAGGUGCCUACCCCUACCCAUCUUAAUUAUUGCCACCAAAAGGACCACUUUGCCGCCACCGUGGGAAGAAGCAAUCCCUGUCACCGACAAGGUUAUGAGGAUUAUGAUCACAUGUGCAGCUCUGCAUAGCCGUCCACUUGGAGACGAUGGUGACUCCUUAGAGAAUAUACGCAAACUCCUGGUUAACCAUCAGCAUCGGGCUCCUUUUAUCCAAAAGAUUUGAUAACUGCUUUUCACCAGCUUUCCGGUUUUGUUCCAUCAUGUUGUCUCUACCAGCCUAAACCAUUUCUUAAAAUGGUCCUUUUGCUGUUCCUUGCAAUCCUGUUAUUGAAGGAAGAUGUCUGUGGGAACUUUGGGCUUUUGGUUUCUGCACAGGCCAAUGAAAGAAGGGUGGUUGCACACAUGCCUGGUGAUAUUAUCAUUGGAGCUCUAUUCUCUGUCCACCAUCAACCAACUGUUGACAAGGUUCAUGAGAGGAAAUGUGGAGAGGUAAGAGAGCAGUAUGGCAUUCAGAGAGUGGAGGCGAUGCUACAUACCCUUGACAGAAUUAAUUUGGACCCCACACUGUUGCCAAAUAUAACGCUAGGAUGUGAAAUAAGGGACUCCUGCUGGCAUUCUGCUGUGGCUCUGGAGCAGAGCAUUGAGUUUAUAAGGGACUCUCUUAUUUCAUCAGAAGAAGAGGAAGGGAUGGUGCGAUGUGUGGAUGGAUCUUCAUCGUCUUUCCGCUCCAAGAAACCCAUUGUCGGUGUCAUUGGACCUGGCUCUAGCUCAGUUGCAAUCCAGGUCCAGAACUUGUUGCAGCUUUUCAAUAUACCUCAGAUUGCUUAUUCUGCCACAAGCAUGGACCUAAGCGACAAAACUCUGUUCAAGUAUUUUAUGAGAGUUGUGCCAUCUGAUGCGCAGCAAGCACGGGCUAUGGUGGACAUCGUCAAGCGCUAUAACUGGACCUAUGUUUCUGCUGUACAUACUGAAGGAAACUAUGGUGAAAGCGGAAUGGAAGCUUUCAAAGAUAUGGCAGCCAAGGAAGGGAUCUGCAUCGCACAUUCCUACAAGAUCUAUAGCAACGCUGGUGAACAGAGUUUUGACAAGCUGCUGCGAAAGCUUCGGAGCCACCUGCCCAAGGCAAGAGUGGUCGCCUGCUUCUGUGAAGGCAUGACUGUGAGAGGGCUCUUAAUGGCUAUGAGGCGCCUGGGACUCGCUGGAGAGUUCUUGCUGCUGGGCAGUGAUGGCUGGGCAGACAGGUACGAUGUGACAGAAGGGUAUCAGCGUGAAGCUGUCGGUGGAAUAACGAUCAAGCUCCAGUCUCCUGAUGUGAAAUGGUUUGACGAUUACUACCUACAGCUUCGGCCAGAAACCAAUCACCGAAAUCCAUGGUUUCAGGAAUUUUGGCAGCACAGGUUCCAGUGCCGGUUGGAAGGGUUUCCUCAAGAGAACCCUAAAUACAACAAGACUUGCACAAGCCAGAUGACUCUGAGGACGCAGCACGUUCAGGACUCCAAGAUGGGCUUUGUAAUCAACGCAAUAUACUCGAUGGCGUAUGGCCUCCACAACAUGCAGAUGUCACUGUGCCCGGGCUACGUGGGCCUCUGUGAUGCCAUGAAGCCCAUAGAUGGUCGGAAGCUCCUGGAAUCCCUCAUGAAGACUAACUUUACCGGAGUCUCUGGGGACAUGAUCUUAUUUGAUGAGAACGGCGACUCGCCAGGAAGAUACGAAAUCAUGAAUUUCAAGAAAAUGGGGAAGGACUACUUCGAUUACAUCAAUGUUGGCAGCUGGGACAAUGGUGAGCUGAAAAUGGAUGAUGAUGAAAUAUGGUCAGAGAAAAAUAAUAUCAUCAGAUCUGUGUGCAGCGAACCCUGCGAAAAAGGCCAGAUAAAGGUGAUCCGUAAAGGAGAAGUGAGUUGCUGUUGGACCUGCACUCCUUGUAAAGAGAAUGAGUAUGUGUCUGAUGAAUACACAUGCAAAGCCUGCCAGCUCGGCUCCUGGCCCAAUGAAGACCUCACAGGCUGUGACCUCAUUCCAGUCCAGUAUCUCAGAUGGGGUGAUCCUGAACCAAUCGCAGCAGUUGUUUUUGCAUGUCUGGGUCUGCUGGCCACCUUGUUUGUUACAGCUAUAUUCAUAAUGUACCGUGAUACUCCAGUGGUCAAAUCAUCCAGCCGAGAACUUUGCUACAUCAUUCUAGCGGGCAUCUGCUUGGGUUACUUGUGCACUUUCUGUCUCAUCGCAAAACCUCAACAGAUUUACUGUUACCUUCAACGAAUUGGCAUCGGCCUCUCCCCAGCUAUGAGUUAUUCUGCUCUAGUAACUAAAACCAACCGCAUUGCAAGAAUCCUGGCUGGAAGCAAGAAGAAAAUUUGUACAAAGAAACCUAGGUUCAUGAGUGCCUGCGCCCAACUGGUUAUUGCAUUUAUCUUGAUAUGUAUACAAUUAGGCAUAAUUGUUGCCCUCUUCAUAAUGGAGCCACCCGAUAUAAUGCAUGAUUACCCAAGCAUCCGAGAGGUCUACCUGAUUUGUAACACCACUAACUUGGGUGUUGUAACUCCCCUUGGAUAUAAUGGAUUAUUAAUUUUGAGUUGCACCUUUUACGCGUUUAAGACGAGAAAUGUCCCGGCUAAUUUCAAUGAAGCAAAGUAUAUUGCCUUUACAAUGUACACCACCUGCAUCAUUUGGCUGGCUUUUGUGCCAAUAUAUUUUGGAAGCAACUACAAGAUAAUCACCAUGUGUUUCUCAGUGAGUCUGAGUGCCACGGUGGCCCUCGGCUGUAUGUUUGUGCCCAAGGUCUAUAUCAUCCUUGCUAAGCCUGAAAGGAACGUACGCAGCGCAUUCACCACAUCGACCGUGGUCCGCAUGCACGUAGGGGAUGGAAAGUCGUCUUCAGCCGCAAGCCGCUCAAGCAGCCUGGUGAACCUGUGGAAAAGAAGGGGAUCGUCUGGUGAAACCCUUAGGUACAAAGGCAGGAGACUGGCCCCGCACAAGUCGGAAAUAGAGUGUUUCACCCCAAAAGGGAGUAUGGGGAAUGGUGGGAGAGCCACAAUGACCAGUGAAGAAUCUGUUUGCAUUCCAGACUGUAAUCGAUCUGAGUCAAGUAGAGAGGAGAAAAAGGUUCCUGUUAAAGAGGAUGCCCUAACAGUCAAAAAGACUGGAAACUGUGUCAGUCUAAUAGUUCCACAGCAAGACUGUCAGCUGCAAGACCUACUCAAACACUCCAACGGGAAAUCAGUUUCCUGGGCCCAGAAUGAGAAAAGCAGCAGAGGAGCACACCUUUGGCAGCGGUUGUCAAUCCACAUCAACAAAAAAGAGAACCCCAAUCAAACUGCAGUGAUCAAGCCUUUUUCUAAAAGCACAGAUAGUAGCCGACAUAGUAGCAGCGCUACGUUUCCAGAGGCCAGUGCCAAAACGCUUUACGAUGUUUCGGAAGCAGAAGAGCAAUACCCAGCUCAGUACCGACCACAGACUCCCUCGCCUAUCAGCACCUUGAGCCACAGAACUGCCUCCGUUAGCCGAACAGAAGAUGAGGCCCCUACCUUCCAGUCAGAGCCUCCUCAGAGAAGUAGCUCCUCUCAAGGGUCCCUGAUGGAGCAGAUCAGUAGCGUGGUUACUCGCUUCACAGCCAACAUCAGCGAGCUGAACUCUAUGAUGCUUUCAACAGCCACUCCAGGGACAAUGGUGGCCACUCCUCUCUGUUCUUCAUACCUGAUUCCACGGGAAAUCCAGCUCCCUACGACAAUGACCACGUUUGCAGAGAUCCAACCGCUUCCUGCCAUUGAAGUCAAUGGCGCUUCGCAGUCAGAUAGGAAACCUUCAAAUGGCAGCGUCAAAGAAGGCACUUCAGAGACCCCAUCAGCCAAGCAAGACCUUGAGGAGUUGGUAGCUUUAACUCCUCCUUCUCCUUUUAGAGACUCUAUCGAUUCUGGAAGUGCAUCUCCCAGCUCACCGGUUUCCGAAUCAGCUCUCUGUAUCCCAUCCUCCCCAAAGUAUGACACGCUCCUCAUCAGAGAUUAUACUCAAAGUUCUUCUUCGCUGUGAAUGUAGUUCAAGACAAUGUUGGAUCUCAACGACUACAAGCAAGUAGUGAGGGGACAGCCAAGCCUUCAAGAUCUCCAGUGUUUAUGCAGACAGAGUGAGAGGCGUUGGGUCAUCUUGUGAGAAAUGUAGAGGAAGAAGAGGAAUUACUUGAGAAGUGGAAACAUCAGAUUAAUUAUGCUGUUUUAAAGACAAAAUGACUCUUGGCAGAUUAUCGUGGCCUUAAAAAAACAUGGGCUUUUCAGAAACACUGAAUCUAUUUUUGAGGGCUUAUAAGGAGUCUGUUAAAUCAGUUACAUACCAAGUGCUUUGCUUUAGUAUUACAACGAACCGUGUGUACAAUAUACGGGGAGGGGGGGAAACUAGAUUGUAAACAACUGUACAAUGGCUUGUUUGUUUACUCUGAUUCCUUACCCAGAAGUGAACCUUGAUCUUUUAUCAAGAAUAGAAGACCAAACAUUGAAUGUACAUUUUCUAACAGACUCAAAUCUGGGACCAACCUGUCAAGCUUUCUUUUUUUUUCUAUGAAGAUCUCAAAAAGCAGUAAUGUAUGUUCGAUAACUACCAAACUUUUUGCUGAAGCGUAUUGUGUCCGUGAUGCGUUACACGUGGAUAACACUAAGCUGAGGCUUUGCAGUGAGUGACUGCAAUAUGGAGGGCUUUACAAGUGACUUCUCAACCUACACAUUUGUUUAUGAAAUUCUCUUCUACCAGUAUCAAAAUUUCGAUUUGUUAGCAUUGGAUUCACCUUCACAGCAACAAAACCCAAGGAAGAUUUCCUGACUAUUUCACCAUGUUGCCAACUAAUAAUGAAGUAGCAAAAAAUAUUUUCUGGAGUACUGUUUUGUAAUUCCCUUAUCAGGGCAAGUUGUUGAGGUGAAUAUUCUCUUUCUAGCAGCACUACCAAGCUAUAUUAUAGCUGUACUCCCUACUGAAAUGACUACAUUUUUAUGGAUGUUCUUAUGCUAACAUUGCCAGUUAAAAUAUUUAUUCGGGCUCCCAUAAUCUGUGCUUGUAAGGAACAGGUAAACACCCUAAGGAUUUUCUCCAUACUUUGAAUGACAGCAUUUUAGGAGACCUAUCUGGAUUAUGAUGAAUGCUAACUGUCAGUGGAAAGGUUGUUGUAAUCAUAAUUCAUAUAUAGGGAAAAAACCCUGUGUCAAAAUCUGCUUAGAGGUGAUUUAGCUACUCUUUAAUAAGCAACAAUUUUAACUUUAUUUAGCUGCUGAUGCCUUGCAGCUAUGAACUGUGACAAAACGAACAAAAAAACAAACAAACACACAAAAAAAAAGAAAAAAAUACUUUCAAAGCAAUACAGAGUAAAGGUUAAAACAGAGAAGACCUAAUGAGAUAUGAACCAACAGAGUCUUUCUUUGUUUCUUAGCAACUCACAGAAGAAGCAAGGGGAUUCCUCAUAUUUUUUUCCUAUAUCAAGGUAGUACAGUUUAAUGCACUUCAUACUGUCACAGCACUUUUUUAAUACAGGCAGGGAAGAGUUUUAAAGUUUGAAUAGAAGCUAAAUAAUUUUUGAUAGGUGUAGUUACAUAGAACUUGUAAGUCAGGCCCUAAACGCACGCUGUAUUGGCUCUCUCCUUCAUGACAUAGCUGUCCUCAGGUGCCAAACUUUUAUGGGUUAGUUUUAUUUUAUUUAAGGAUAGUAUGAAGUGGUGAACAAUGUGCUUCAAUUCAAAGUUGAGUUGAUGUAGCCUUAUAUAGAAGACAGCCUCAUGGAAGGGAGCCUUGAAAUAAGGCUGCUAUGUUUCAUUUUCAAAACCUUUAGAUCUUACUUAUUCAAAGACAACAAGCAUUUUGCAAUCAAAGUUCAUACCUCCUUUUUCUCCCUCAUGUUCAAAAUAAUAAAUAUUUGAUCAAAAAAACCCAAAAAACAAAGUAAAAAAGAAAUCACGUUCACAUACUUUAGCAAAGAGCGUUUUCUAUUCCUUUGGGAAGCUCGUUUCACCAUUAUUGCUGCACCCCAACUUGCUGCUCAACAACAUUAAAAUAAAAAGUAAUAGAUGGCUGAAUCCAGGCUAACACCUCACAGAGGUACUCUGGUGGCUCUGUACGUCCUGCACAAGGCAGCGUUACCCAACCGCAGUCUGUGGGCAUGCUUGUUUUGCCAGCUACGGUCACUUACUAGCUGUGCCUAUAGCACGAAGCGGCAGGUCACAAACCAGCUCUACUCCAAAAGGCAGGUAGGCACAUCAAGUCAUGACUGUAGGUCCUUGUUGCUCAUAUGUAGCUCUUGCUUCCUCACUUGACUGAUUAGCAGAGACUCCGUUUGUUUCCAGACCAGAGCUUGGUUUUGCCCUCCUGGGUUAGAGUAUUAGCAUGUCUCAUCGUUCCCCACCUGCCCAUGACUUCAGGAGAAAGCAUCUUCUUUCAUAGGUUACAACCCACGUGUCAGGGAAGGGCAUGUCCAAGCAGUCUGGGACACAAACAUGCUCAUUUAGGGAGUCUGGACCACUUAAAUAUUGUUCAUGGAAGACUUAUGAUAAUAUAUGUUUCCCAUCAGUGCAAUAUUGUUUUGAUAUACACAGAGCAUACUGAGAUAGUGAAUUUCAGUUGAAUUUCAAAGGGAUUCUAUUAAUAUCUGUUAUCUUAUACUUUAAGUUGUUGACCAAUGUCCUUAUUAGGACGUUCUCCAUCUUGAUCUUUACCCAGCCUUUUAGGUUCCCGUUUCCGUAGUCUUUUCUUAUGUUGGUGGACAGUUAAUAUUAACGUAUUCCUGCUAAAAUCUGUGGGCUUCACCCCACUAUGAAAUAAUCAACAGUGGAAACAAGGAUUAUACAGAAAGACAUAAAAAACUUCUCUUAAAAAUAAAAUCAGUAAAAAGGAGUGAGAAAUAGAAACUGACAAACCAUGACACAGCAUAAAUAUACCUCUUCUGCUCCCAGAUUGUAAUUCCGCACAAUCCUGGCCAUAGCUAUUGCUCAGAGCUUCUUGACAACUCUCACAUAUCAUUUCAAGAUGGUGUGUGUAUAUAUAUGUGUGUGUGUGUGUGUGCGCGCGCACAUGCAUACGUGCACACACACAAACCCCUCAAUCUAAACCUGAAUACAUGUUUUAAGAGGCUAAAAAACUAAUGUUACAAAACCUGAAUUUUAAACACUUUUGCUUAUUCUCACUUCAGGAGGACUCUUUUGCAUUUUUUAUAUAUCCAUUAGCCACAGCAGAAAUUUUAAUUGCACAAGGAACCAAGGAUGGGCACUGCUGAGAUUUUACCUCCCAGUUGUCAGUCUAUCUUUAAUGAAAGAUAAGUCAGCCUUAGUGGCAUUUAAAGAAGGCAAAAUCCAUUUUAAUUUUACAGGCUGGAGUGCCCCAGUGUCACCUCAUAUGAUAUGUUUGGAUUUCAUCAAAGGUAGCAAAGGUUUUUUGAGGAAGAAGAUAACAAUUAUCUAAUAACUGCAGGCAAAACAGGUCAGUGGGAGAUUUGCAAGACUGGAAAGUACUUUGUCAGUGGGUUUGACACAAGAAAAAAGAAAAUUAUGCAUGGCAGACAUUAUGAUUUCAUUACGCUGUUUGUAUGCCAGUCUCUGUUUAGGACAUUAAGAUAUAAAGGCAGGGGUUUUCAGCCAUAAAAACAAUGGUUACAAUCAGGAACACUUUCCAAUCUAACUAAAGAACGUGCAAGUACCAACUGAAUGGCUUGAAAUUGCCUUCCAAUUUAGUGCUGCUGCCAGAAAGGGAAUUAAAGGAGUUGAAACUAUUGUCAUUCUUGACCACAAAGACCUCAGAAAAUCACUUGUUUCUUUUGUGCUUGAGGCCAACCCUGAAGAAUGGAGGUGUGACCACCUCUGGAACCUGUGCUUUUGAAAUAAAGGAAUCGCUCUGGCAGGCCGGUUGGGAAGAAGUGUUAGCAAUACUGAAGAAGAACUGUAUUUUUUAAUUGGCUCUGAAGAAUAAUUGCAUGACUUUGGAGAUGUGCUUCCUUGUAUUUCUAUCUGAACAUUUGGUGCCUAGAUUCAUACAGAUACCUUAGACCAGAGAUUUUUAGACCAUGGUCCACAAAGCACUUGCUGAUGUUUCAUGAAGCCUGGUUGAUCACAAGGUGCUGGCUUCUUCCACUGAUUUCCAGCUACAAAAGUGAAUUAAAAGUUAAAUGCUAAGUAAAAAUUAACUGUUAAAAGUUUUAAAAGCAAAAAAAAAAAAAAAGUUAGCUGCUUGAAUGUUUAUUCAGUUGCCGCGUUUGCAAAAGGAAAACUUCGUGAUCAAAACUGAGAGAAUAAGAUCUCCAAAGAGAGUAAAUGGGAAGGCCAAUCCAUGAUUCAGACACUGGGUGAUAGUGGAGUUCACCUGGGGAUGUUUUCCUUAGAGAGACCAAGACCAGACUGAAAGGCAGCAUAGCUGUGGGUGUAAAUUCUGUAGAGGAAAGUGUGCAACUGUGCUAUUCUGCUUAAUACAUCAUUUAUGAGGUGAGAGGAAAAAACAUGACAGCAACAGACAGCAUUCCAAAAAUGUCAAGUCCUUAGGGAAAUCAGAGCACUAUGCUCAGGAUUAAUAAUGUGACCGUGACUUUCUUAAUGUACUGGAAACCAGUGUCAGGGCUGACCCGAAAAAGGACUUUGGUGUCUAAAGUUAGGAUUUGAGCAGAAUUGAAUACCUAUGUUUAAAAUUCAAUUUUAAAACCGCUAUUCAACCUCCACCUUACUCAGAAAUCUAGCAUUGUGUGUCUGCGUGUGCUCAGAACUACCCUGAUCUUGACACAUCUAAGGAGCUUUGCACCCAACUCAUGCUAAAACCCAUCAGGGAUGCAGAAAACAGCGGUUCCCAGGUUUAAUCCCUGUAUAUCCCAUAAAUGAGUACACAGAGCACCCAGCACACAGGCCAACAGGAUCCUACUCCCUCUAGAAUGGAGUAGAAAUCACCCUUUGUUUUAAGGCUGUGGGUCUGGUUAUGCUGCUGUUUUUGUAAUAGCCUUCAGGUUAGAGCAGUCAGGCAGAAGGUGAGACCUAAAUUCAGACCCAGCCAUUGCCAGAGGUGAUUGAAAUCUUCCUCCUGGCUGGAAAAUGCUCUGAUGGACUCUGUGUUGGGGCACCCUCUGUUCAUCUCGCUAAGGUAACUUCACGAGAUAGAAAGAAAUUCAAGAGUCUCAGAGUAGCAAAGGAACUCUGCACCCUGAUAGGACAUACGCUUUGUAUAAUUAGGGAUGGUAUGUGACCGUUUGAUAUACAAUACUUUAAAAAUCUCGGGAGCAGAAACCGGGUGAGUAUCUUAACUACAAAGAAGUGGAGACAACGUUUUUUCUGUGCUAUGUAUUGGCUAAAAAAAAAUAAAUACUUCCCUGAAAAGUGCUUUAGUGACAGGAGGGGAGGACAUGCCCUUCCCUACCUCUGGGUCUGCAACCAUCUUGUCUUCCACCUGGAGUUCUCAGACUCUUCUGCGGACAGGGAGAGUCUGAAUCUUCCUGAAUAGGUGAAGGAAUUAAACUGAGACUGCAGAAAAAAGGGACUAAUUUCAUUUUUCUCCAGCCAUCUUUUACAAAAGCCACCCAUCAUUGAAACAAAAAUUAUAGCCCUGUCUGGAAAUGGGUCACGGUUGGAAAUUAGUAUUUUUUGUGCAUAUCUUUCCAUACUGGCUCAAGUAAAGUAAUCUCAGACAUCUCUUUCCUUGUCGCAUUGCUUUCCUGGGCACCUAACUCUUCUCGAAAACUUCACAGUAAGGUUAGACAUUUAACAAAGGGUUCUGGCCUCCACGCUAGAGCCAAAUAGUCUAAAACAAUAGUUAUUGCAUGGCAUAACUUUAAGUGCUGAAGUCCUUUACUAGCACAGGCCCUUUAUCUAUUGAGGUCAAUGGAAUCACUCCAGGUUAACACUCGCGUAAAGAAAACCAAAGUUUGAUAGUGGCCAACCAAAUCUAAAUCUUGGCUAUUUGCUUCAGCAGAGAAUAAUAACAACAGGAUGUUCUUCCUACUUCCUUUCGGAUCACACAGCAGAUGUAUUUUAUUAGGGUCAUUACUGAAGCAACUUGCUAGGCUUGGUGAAUAGUACCUUCCCACCUUUCUUCUUUAUCAUCGCUGCUUUAGCAGGUGUCCCCAUGGGAAAAUCGUACUUUGACUAAAUGUGUUCAGGGAUGUGAGAGAACAUGUCCAAAAAUAAGAAUCAGGUCACAGUUUUCUGGCAGUUCCAUGAAUCUCAUAAAAGGAAGUCAAUAGUCUCCAUGAACAAGAAAAUCAUUCAUCUGCUACCCAUUUCAGUGUGCACUGCAUGUAUGAAAAACUCCAGCUGAAUUAUCUGGAUUCACUUUUUUUGCUGUGGUUUACUAUUAUACCCUCUGUCCAGAUCCCUGCAUUUGCCGCUUACAGUUUUAUACUGUGAAAAGGAAAAAAGAUACAGACCAGUGAAGCAUAAAGGUAAGCAAAAAAUUCAUCUAGUGAUGAAUUGGUGUAUGUGGCUGGUUUUGUCUCAUCUGAGUAAUGACAGUACAAACAAUAAUCACUAAGUCACUCCGAUCUGCCAAAUGGGAACAAAUAUACUAUGUAUAUUACAUGUACUAAUAGGAUUAUAUGGCAGCUGCUGGUGGUAUUUGUAAUUAGAAAUCUAUAUAGAAUAUAGAUGUUUUAGAGAGACGGUGCCAAUUCUAAAAGAUUUCUGUGGGCUACAAGUGCUUGUAAUUAUUUUUUUUUAAUUUGCUAAUAACUUAUGAACAACUGGUUUCAAACAUUCUGUGAGCGUUUGUUCUUUUUUAUGUUGUUGCUGCUUAUACUAUUAAAAAAUAGAGAAUGUAAAGUUAUUAUUUUGAUGUGAACUGAAAAUGAUUUUUCAUAAAAUUUAACAUUUUUAUCAGCUCUGGUUUUGCUUUCUACCUGUACAAAUGUAAUUUAUUUUAGCAUUGAAAAAUGCAUUUGCUUGUUUCUCGAUUGUCUACAUCAUGUUAUAGUUGGUGUUUAUGUAGAGUCAGGUACUUUUUGAACAGUAUUAAAAAAA